UGUUCCAAUAUUUGGUAAGAGUUUUAUUUAGAAAAUCAAAUUUUUUAAUAUUUGUAUUUUAGUGGUUUCACUAAUUAUAGUUGUAUUUAUAUUUGUUUUAAUGAUGGUUUUUAGUGGUUUUCUUAUUGAUUUGAAUAGUAUUUUUUCAUUUCUUCGAUGGAUUCAAUGGCUUAGUGCUUUUCGAUAUGCAACUAAUUUAUUAACGAUUAAUGAAUUUAGAAAUUUAACAUUUUGUUUAUCAAAUAAUACACAGAUUUGUCCAAUUACAGGUGAAGAAAUAUUAAAACAACGUGAUAUUACCUAUACAAAUAAUUGGGAUAUAUGGAAAAAUCUUCUAGCUUUAUCAAUAAUGAUUAUUAUGUUUUUAUCUAUAGCUUUUAUUCAAUUAAUACGAAUGAAAAAAGUCAAAUAA